CUACUCUGGAACAUAUCCGUUUAAAGGGCAUACCAAUGUUAUGGCAUUACGAGAUGUCAGCCACACGGUUUGGCUGCGAUACAAUUGCACAAUAAAACCUAACCCAUUAAAUAUCAUAUUUCCCACAGAGUAUUCGAGCUUUGAGUGUGGAGAAGACCAAUGCCCGACCGAGAAAGCCUUGCCAGGCAAUCCCGCUCAAUGGCACAACGGGCAGAAUUUCCGGAAUCUCCGGCCGCGGCGAGGCAACACAUAGAAGCCAUUCGAAAAAGUUUGUCGGUUGACUUUGCCGCAAGGCAGGAUCGUCUGCUGAAAAGGCUCAGUGAGGAGCUAUACAGUAAACCUGAGCACUUUAUUUACGAGCUCCUCCAAAACGCGGACGAUACAGAGUAUGAUGCAGACCCAAUCAUCAACAUCAAAUACUCUAGUAAUCGACUACUUUUCGAGUGCAAUGAGAUUGGAUUCACCAAAGCCAACGUCGAGGCGUUAUGCGAUGCCGACAACAGCACGAAGACGAAGAUGAACCCAACGAGAAGGCAUAUUGGCGAGAAAGGCAUCGGUUUUAAGUCUGUGUUCAAAGUUUGUAGCUCUGUCUGGAUCAAAUCGGGCUUCUACCAGUUCAAGUUCGAUAAAAACCUGCCACAGGGUAGGAUUCGGCCUACCUGGGAUGCCUUUCCCGAGUCCACGACGGAAGGUUACACUGGAAUAUUAAUCGAUGUGGACCCUAAACAUGACGCGCAGGUCCGAAAAGCGUUGGAAGCAAUAGAUCCGAUCAUACUGUUGUUUCUCCAGCAAGUCAGGUAUAUCAACAUUACCAUCCACCCUGGGCAUGGAGACGGUAUCUUCGCUAGAGCUCGGGGACCAACUGUAAAAACACUUACGGCUGGGAGCAUUCCAAAGGCCCCAAGGGUACUCCAUAGAGUUCGAUGCGAGCGUGACAGGAGCGUCUCAUCCCUUAUGGUUUUUCGAUAUCCUGUGACCGGCCUGCCAAACCAUAGUUCACGACCAGGUUGGAGUGACGCAGAGAUCAUUCUGGCAUUUGAAGAGGGCCGCGAGUGGAGUAGUAACGAUCAGUACGGAGGCGUCUAUGCCUAUUUACCAGUGGCAAAGUAUGGAUUUAAGUUCUACGUCCAAUCCGACUUCAUCGUCACUGCCAAUCGUAAGGAGAUUGAGUCUAAUGAGUGGAACCUUCAUCUCAUUCGCAUGCUUCCAAUCGCCCUGGUCGAAGCUAUAAAACAAUUCGGAGCUUGCGUUGACUCCGCCUUGCGAUACUCAUGGCCCCAGCUACUUCAUUUUGAAAAUGGUGCCCUAGAUAUAUUCAACUCCCUCCCAAAAGAGUUAGAAGCUGCGCUUUCUCAAACAGCAGUUCUGGAGGAUCUCCAGGGCCAUUUCACGCCGCCCAGCAAUUUGAUGUUUGUUCCAAAACGGUUCAUGAACGCCAACGGCGCCCCCCUGAUACCUCCAGAAUACUGUUCAAAACGCCCACUCAAUACAAGGUACUUUAUCGGCUCAAAUAGUGGCUUAGAAGUCCUUCAAAAGCUCGGCGUCAAAACACAGACCACCCCGGUAUUCUUUAGAGAUCUGCGAGAAUUCAUCAGCGAAGCUCCAGGCCAAUUUCGCAAGAUGCCCGUUGCGUGGUACGAACAGCUAUGCGGUACAUUGCUGGCGCUGCUCAAAGAUCACCGUGAAGAGAUUGCGGGCCUAGAGAUCGUGCCACUCGUAGGUGGUAACUGGGUCUCUCCUUCUGCUGGUUACUGCUAUUUUGCCACCGAUCUGCCGGAUAACUUGGCGUUCCCGUUGAGUGUACCAAAUGUGUUCAUGGUCCAUCCCGACGUCUUGAAUAACCAGUCGCAUGCCGAAUUACUUCGGGCCAUUGGGAUCAAAAACGGGACACCAGCAGAGCUCUGCAAGCAUAUCGUAACUGAACACGCAGAGUACUCGAGAAAAUACACAUGGUGGGAUCCCCAUCUACUACUCCACACGCUGCAGACGCUUUACAACACCGAAGAUCUGGUGUCACAUAUGGAGUUCCUGUAUCGCUCGGGCUGGACAGCCGAGAAGGGAAAGGAUCCUGAGGCCCUUGAUCUUUGGUGUACAGACGAGCAUGGAGAAUUUUGCAGAACAAGAGACAUUUACAUUCGGUCAUCGGAGCGCCAUUCCGCAAGUUCAAUCUCUUAUGGGUGCAAAACUCGGUUACGGUUCCUCCAUCCGCGCUAUAUGAAGGCUUUUGGCCAUGAGCCAGACGGAUUCGAGUUCCUGACCAAAGUUGUCAAGGUUCGAAGGAUGCUACGUGUGGCAGCAUCGUCCGACGGCGUAAGUUACGUAUUACACAAGGACUUCAAAUCCAUAGCUCUGGAGGAUCCAAUACGGAUACUGCGGAUGUUAAGAGAUAGAUGGCAUUUUUACGGCGCUUGGUUCAUUAAGCCAUCCGGAGACACGUAUGGAGACGCACCACGCGAGUUGCUUCAGAGUUCGAGGAAAGAACUCAGCAAGGGUGUCCGAGACAUGAUGGUGCCAUGUCAUAGUGGGGACUGGCCAGCCGAAGUCAAAUUGGCGGAAACCUACCUUCCUAGGGAGAACAUCCUUGAGCUCUGUGAUGCGAACGCAUUUGAGCGCUGCAGACGUCCCAUUGAGCAAUGUAUCGUCUGUCGAAGAUUACUCGCGCUGCGAAGCAGAAGUGAUUCCGGAGAGAUGCGAGGGGCGGUGCCAGUGGACAGGCUUCUUGAAGUGCCCGACCCCAGCGAGCCUUCCUGGGACUUUCUCCGCAACUUCGGGGUUAUUCUCGAACUCAAAGCCAGCGUGUUCAUCAACCAUCUUAGAGAGAUCAGGGGUACCGAUGUAAGUCAUGCACAUAUGGAUAAGAUAUACAUGCAUCUGGAAAACUUCGUCGAUGGUCCCGAUAGCGAGGAGAUUGUGGAUGCUCUCGAAGAAGAGGCUUCCAUAUAUGUGCCAGAAUCAAUCGGAGCAUCAAGAGGCGUUUGGCGGGACGCUCACUUGUGUGUAUGGGAUGGACCUUCAUGCUUCAAGCGUGUCCCGCUAUUAAAAGACCUUUACCCGCGUCGAAAGUAUCUCUUCUCCACAAAACUAGGGGUCAACCAACCGGAAGAAUUACAUAUGAUAUUGGAAGCCUCACUAUUGCGCGACUCGGACGAUAUAGAUCACAUCUCAUCGCUAUUAGCCCACAUCUCAUCCCACCUCAACCCUUCCAUGGAAUACAGAGCGAUGGGAUUUGAAAAUAACCUGGAAUUUCGGCUUCCUCUCAGGGGAAACCAGUUCAGGUCUCUUCGCAUGAUUCCUGUAAGAUUAACAGGUCCAAAAUUGGAUACCUUCGCACUUCGGUCAGCGGACGACAGGAAAGCUUGGUUUGUACCAGAUCGUCAUCAUUUGCGGAAAGCCUUCCUUGGGUUGGUUGAUCUGGCCGAUUUGUCAUUAUUGGAUUCUGUCCAGUUGAAUAGACUGAUAGAAGGACUUGGGAUGGAACAGAGGUGCUUGUCGAGAUUGGUCACUCAGAAUGCCUUCGCAGCUGAGCAGCCAGAACUACUGGAGAACUACACGGCAGCGCUCCGGAAGAAAGUGCCUUACAUAAUUUCAGCGAUUCUAAGCAACUAUUCGGAUAUUGUCCACAUGGUGAGCAGCUUGGAGAAUAUCCGCGCCAUAAAAUGUCAUCAAAUCGGCAACAGCUGGACGUUAAGGUCUGGGAAUCUAGUAGUUGAUAGUCACACUGACACGGCUGCGGUGAGCUGUAGAAGCGAAGAAGAUGCACUGGUAAUAUAUAUUGCGGGAGAAGACGAUUUGGAAGAAGCUUUAAUGAGCGGACCUCCUCCAAUCGAAAUGUCCAGAGGACUUCUAGAGUUCUUCGGCAUUGAAGACAAAGAUGAUGCUGCGCUCCUGACGCAGAUCCUUGCUCAUAGUAAUUUGGCACUGCUAGAAAAAGAUCUGGAAAGAUGGCCGAGAAGGAAGAACCAAAUGAAGGCCCGCAGAAAAGAACCGGUUCGACCUGACAGCAAGAGUGCGGCGCCCGAUAAGGUAGAACGAGAGGGGAAGACGGAUCUGCCUUCCAACAACAUGACAUCAGGUAAUGAUGCUGCGACUCUACGGGCGCUAAACCCCAACGAUAUGCCAUCUAGCCAGCAAAACGUCACAGAAACACUCGUGUCUUCUGGCACUGAUAAUCAAGAUAGACUGGAAAUGGCAUCAGCAAAGAUAGGUCAAAGUAUCCGUGAGAAGCCAUCGUCUGGGAAUCCUAAAAUGCCCAAUCCUGAGAUGAACGCCGAGAAAUUUGUGAAGGAAAGGGGCGCCGGGACAGCAGCUGAUGAAAUAGAGACCACUGACGAAGACAACAACUCAAGCAAUGAAGGUACCAUAGACCAAAGAAUAUUCGAAUCAGCGCAAGAGGGCAAGAACGAACCAGGAAGAGUGCUGGAUAAUAGCAAAGAAAUCCCAAAAGAACCCUCAGGAAGAGUCCGAGAGGCCAAGAUAUCCGGGCAUUAUUUAGAUGUAAUGGACGUUGGAACCGUAACAACAGAGUCGAUGGAGCAUAGCCCAGGAGAAAAGGCACCCUCACAGCAAAGAACACACUUCCUUCCUUCUGAUGAUUACGAAGAAACUCUCCUAUCGGAGAAGAGAUACAGGAGGGAUGCAAACAGGUUUGUGCAUAUGAAGUCUGGAACGGUGCACCUCGCGGAUUCUUUGCCGACAAUGGUGUUCUAUGGCGAAGAUACUAAAGAGACGCGGUAUCUAGCAGAGCUAUAUAUGUCACGCUAUUUCGAGGGGUUUCUGGGCAAAGAUAUCCACGGCAACAACCUCUACAAACCGAGCGAGCAUUGGACGAGUGAAUUCCGCCUACGCAAUGGACACGCACCGUUUUCACCGAAGAGCCCCACCGAAGAUUUCACUUAUUCCGCAUUUACUAUUGUGGACACAGAGGGAAAGCUUAAAGAGUUGAUGAAUACUGAGGAUGCCGUCGAUAACAUUCCGUUUGCAGAGACCUGUACCUUUCAUAUUGAGGUAUGUGGUACUAGCGGUGGACUUCAUUCAGCAUUUAUACUCCCUGUCCAACAAUACGAAAAGGCAAUAAAGAUGACCACAGUCGACAAGCAAGGUCCAAUUGAACAUGUAUACGUCAUUGCAAGGGUUUACAACAUCCACGAUGAUCCUGGCUUUGCACUUUACGCAGAUCCUUGGAAGCUUUAUCGGGACCGCGUGAUUUCCCUUGAGGCGCAGAGCUCUUUUGAAGGCAGCGUUUUGCCUAACACUCCUGCAAUCCUCUACAGGAAAUCAUUAGGCCAAGGCCUUGCAACGGAUACACAUGAGAUCUACAAAGACCUUUACGUCGGUGACCGAGAAAUACGGCUGUUGCAACUCAAGCCCGGGAAUGAUAACGAGCCCCUGCAAGGAGAACUCAUUGUUAAGGAUUUGCGAGACCCAGAAACUUCAUUCUGGGCCAUUUCCUACGUCUGGGGGUCUAGGCCAAACGAUCAAUCGCCUCUCUUCAAGACCAGCAAAGGACAGAUACGGAUCACAGAUUCUCUGAAUGGAUGCCUUAGGUAUCUCCGAAGAAAGGGUGUAAAUUCUUUAAUCUGGGCAGAUGCUAUCUGUAUCGAUCAAGGUAACAAUAUUGAGAAGAAUAUGCAGGUCCGGCGGAUGGGAUCUCUCUACGACAUUGCAGAAAAGGUUGUGAUCUGGACAGGGGCCAAACGAGCAGAAGACCUGUACGCUAUGGACUGGAUACUCAAGUUGCGUGGUCUCCGGCCUUCAUCUGAUGACCUCUUGGAUCCAAACACGAAGUUCGACCACAUCAGCGAAUUUUUAGCUCGGGCAUGGUUUGGUCGCACUUGGACUAUACAAGAGUUGGUGUUUGGAUCAGAAGUGUCAAUAGUAUGCGGUGAUCAGGAGCUUGGAUGGGAUGACUUCAUCGCCGCAAUCUCUCAGUGUGAAAGAGAAUUAUUGGAGAAAGGGGAGAGACUACGAAGCUCAGGCCCCGUUCUACACCUCAACAAGACCCGAGAGCUUUAUAAGAAGGAGGGUAGACGAUACACCCUGUUGCAAUUGCUCGAGAUGUUCCACCAUACUGAGUCCUCCAAGCCACGAGAUAAGCUAUUUGCGAUGCUGCACAUGGCCACGGAUGCCACUGAUGUAAAAGCGUUCUACCCCGAUUACGAGUCAAAGGAUGAGGUUAUCCUAACAAGAUACGCCAAGCAGUAUGUCGCAUCCCAUGACUGGCUGCAAUUGUUAUAUCGCGCGGGCAGCGAAAAGUCGUCAUCCUUCUGCACCUGGAUCCCCGACUUCAUGAACCUCCGGAAAUCAGAACAAUUCAUGCCGACAAUCUCGACUUGGGUGGUGACUGGCCCCGGGGAUGGCACUGGCACUCACUUUUUCAGCGCCCAUCCACCAGGGUCGCGAGGUGUCGUCGUCCGUGAACCAAGCUCGAGCUACGCAGCCCCGAUACUAGUUUUAAAGGGUUACAUAUUCGAUUCUAUCGGGGACAGUCUAGAUCCUGGAAUAUCGCAAUAUUCACUCGGCCUCGAUUUGCUCGAAAGCUUAGAGGUUAUGGCGAACUUCGGGGGGUACACAGAUGAUAGCCCCGACGGGAAAGAUGACCUUCGCGUGAAGUGUCUCAUUGGAGAUGCCAUAGGCCCCUACCACAAGAACCGACAGCCCUCCGAUUCAGAAGUUUGGGGACCGGAACUCAAAUCAACUAUCUGUGGUAUCCGACUCGACCAGAACGCUCGUAAGCAGAUGGAUGAGAUGUCGGAUACGUCACAAAAGCUCGUGAAUGCAUAUCUGCAUACAGCUGGGAGUUUUCUAGCUCUGAUUCCAGACGCCGCGCUCUGUGUGACUGAGAAAGGGUAUGUUGGGAUUGUGCCUGGCGACACGAGACGGAAUGACAAGGUGGUAUUGCUCUUCGGCUCAAGAGUACCCUUCGUGUUGAGGGAAGACGAAGAACCGGGGCACUAUAAACUUAUUGGCGAGUGCUACCUACAUGGUAUCAUGCACUUCAAAGCUUCAAAUAUCUCCGGCUUGGUAGAAGAGGAGAUAUGUCUAAGUUAGUGCUAGGCCAGGAUCCAUUGCUGCUCCCUGCUUGAUGUUGAUAGCCGUUACUAGAUAGGUAAUCUCUGUUAGAUUCCCCUGGGUAUCAACUGCCUGGCCACAUGCACGUUUCUGCUGUAUAGCAAGCUACGCGGUUGCAG